AUGCAGGUGCGACGUGUAUUGUAUUUUCUGGCUCUAAUUAUGAGUGUUGCCUCUGUUUGCCUGGCCGCUGCUGAGGCUGGAAACUCCGUAAGUUCUUCUUCUACGUCUUCUAACUCAGUUGAUAAAUGUCGUCCUCCUCCUGAAGGUGAUGCUGCUGUUGAACGUACUGCUGAUACUCUUCGUGAUACUAAUACUUAUUGUGCUAAUCAACGUCGUUCUAAUGCUUCUCCUGCUGGUAGUGGUAAUGAUGGCUCUGUUAAUCCUCCUCCUCCUCCUUCACCUGUUGCUGCUCCUCCUGUUGCUGCUGGUGCUGGGGAAGGGAGUAACGGUUCGUCUCCAUCUGAAGGUCCAACUGGAGCCAACGUCAACACUCCAGCAGGUGAAGGUGCAGUCAACGCGGAGAGUACAGCA